AAAGCGAAAGAAACAAAAGGAUAAAGCGGAGAGGAACGACGAUUGAUGAGGAUGAGAUUGAUGCUUUGAAAUUUGCGAUAUCGGAUAUGGAAAAAAACCACACACCCAAACCCUAACCGCCAAAUAUUCAUUCUUCCAUCCAUUCGUGCCAUGGAAGUUGCUUCUCUCUCUUCCUCUUCUCCAAUCAAUCUUCCCCAUCUCUGUCACAAAGAAGCGAGAUUCUUGGCGGGACUCUCUUCCACCCUCUUCUUCACUUAUAAACGUCCAAUUUUGAGGACUUCCCAUAAUCCUUCUCAAAGUAGCGUGCUAGGCAUUCCCAAGAAGCAUAGAAAUGUGUCGUUGCUGUCUUUUUGUUACAAAGAAGAGUUUUGUGGAUCUCAUUACACACAUAAAUUGCAUGUUGGAAAUGAAUUCCCCAGGGAUAUAGUUGUAAGAUCUGGAAUUACUGCAUCUGGGUCUACAGAUGGCUACUCACUACCUGAACUGAAAAUGGAAUCAAAAGUCAGGGGAGCUUGUUUUCAUGCUGUUACUGCCUUUGCUGCUGUGUUUCUUUUUGUAUUGAUGCUGGUUGGACAUCCAUCUGUGCUCUUGUUUGAUCGCCACCGAAGAAAGUUCCAUCAUUUUGUUGCCAAAGUCUGGGCUAUGCUGAGUGUGGCGCCUUUUUUCAAAAUCAAAUUUGAGGGGCUUGAGAAUCUGCCGCCCCCAGAUACUCCUGCUGUGUAUGUUUCAAAUCAUCAGAGCUUUCUGGAUAUAUAUACUCUUCUUACACUUGGGAGAAGCUUUAACUUCAUAAGCAAGACUGGGAUAUUCCUCAUUCCAAUAAUUGGGUGGGCAAUGUUUCUUUUGGGCACCAUUCCUUUAAAACGCAUGGACAGCCGAAGCCAGCUGGAUUGUCUUAAACGAUGCAUGGAUCUUAUCAAGAAAGGAGCCUCUGUUUUUUUCUUUCCAGAGGGAACUCGCAGUAAAGAUGGAAAACUAGGCGCUUUCAAGAGGGGUGCUUUCAGUGUUGCUGCAAAGACAAAUGCACCAGUGGUACCAAUUACCCUUAUUGGAACUGGCCAAAUCAUGCCAGCAGGAAGGGAGGGUAUAGUGAACUUAGGUUCUGUGAAAGUUGUUAUACAUAAACCUAUAGAUGGAAAUGAUCCUGAUAUGUUAUGUAAAGAAGCUAGGAAGACAAUCGCAAGUGUGCUGACUCAAACCUGAGAAAUGUACUGCAAAGGAGUUCUUUUAAUUUUUAUUACAUUGGACUGAAACCUCCCAUGCCUUGAAGUGAAUUGGUAAGUCAUGCUUUAAUUAGGUGGAACUAUUUUGAUUCAUGUUGGAGCACCAGGACUACUAGCUUUGAGUUUGCACCUAUUCAGUCAUUGAGGUUCUUUCUUGGUUCCUCCGAGUUUUUCUUUGGGGAGGGAGGAGGGGGCUGUGAGGUUUAUCAUUUGCAUCUUCAGCGUCAAGAGGUUGAUGGAUCCGGAUCAGACUGCACCUCUUACCGUUUUUUAUCUAAUGGUUAAAAUUUUUUAGGGUUAAAGACUUAUGUCGUGCGAGAAGAAUAUCUUCUCCUACACAUAUAAUAAACAUGAGGGUCCGAUUGAAAAGAGAAGAGAAAAAAACUUUAGUUGGAUCCACAUGUUUGUUGUGUGUAUGUGCAGGAAAAGAAAUUUUUUCCAUGUAACAUGAGAAGUCUUUGACCCAAUUUUUUAUAUCAUGUUUACUUUUAACACUUUAUCAUAAAAAAUAAUAAAUCGAAAGGUAAGAUGCUCUUCAGUUUUAAGUCGUGAUCCAGUGAUUGAUUAACUACUGUACCUGUAUACCUAGAGAAAAAUUAUGCGUUUUUAGGGAAAUGAGUAAGGGAAUAUGCGAACUAGAAUGGCUUGUAGGUUAGAAGUUGAUGAUAUUGAUAUUUUAUAGUUGUUUAACGCUUGUAUUAGUAAAUACUAUUUAUGAAGUCAU